UCCUUUUAUGGUUCUCUUUCCACAGCCCUCAAGAAAUGGCCAAUCCACUCCCCGUGGUAGCCCAGGAGGAUUUGGAAAGCUUUACAGUGACCAGAACAGGCUCAGGCUUUGCACUCAAAGCCUUCCACAUUCCUUGGAACACUCCCAUCUCCGUGAAGCUGCUGAGCAGCCAGGACACGACAGAGAGGGAGUGGAAGUUGCUGCUUCAGGACAUAGCAGGUGUCAGAUGUUGUGAGUCUGAACGUCUCCUGCCUCCCCUUGGGAUCUACCAGUGCCAGGGACUCGUGGGGCUGGUGACUGCGUGGAUGGACAAUGGAUCCCUGCACUCGCUCAUCCACGAGCACCAGCUGUACCCAGACCUCCCGACUCCCUUAGUCCUGAGGAUCCUGGCAGACGUGGCUGAGGGGCUGCAGCACCUCCACAGCCUCCACCCUGCCUCCUGCCACUGCAGCCUGAAACCUUCCAACGUGCUGCUGGAUGGGCAGUACAGGGCCAAGAUAUCAGAUUAUGGUCUAACCAACUGGAGGAAAGAGCAGCUGAGGUCAGCCCUGCAGAACCAGAGGAGCUGCCAGGAUUUAGUGUACCUCCCUCCUGAAAUCCUUGAAGGAGGCCUUCCUUCCCAGGAAGGUGAUAUUUACAGUUUUGGAAUAAUGUGUUGGGAGAGCCUAAGCAGACAGAAACCUUUUGAAGGUCAAAGGACCCUGCUGGAGGCUCUGACAGGAAUCUGCUGCAGUUCCCAGCCUGACCUUUCAGAAGAGUUUAUACCCAGUGAUUUUCCUGAGAGGAACAGACUAUUGCACCUCAUUGCUCUGUGCUGGCAGCAGGAGCCAGCUCACAGACCACGGGCUGCAGAAUGUGUAGAUCUUCUAAAUGGAAUUUUGACUGGUAUAAAUAAGGAGGUAAUUUCCACAGCAAUCUACAGUCUGAUGGAUGCAAAGGAGAGAGCGCUGGAUGCUUGCAAAGGCCCAGCCACGUACACUCUGCAGGCAGGCACCUGCAACUCAGAGGUCAUCUGUCCACCGAAAAACAACUGCUUAAUCAGCAAGAAAAUUCCUUUCGUAGUGCCAAGCUCAGCUGGCCUACUUGAUAGCAGUGGAAAUAAUGCAGGAAGAGAGAAUAUUCUGGAGAUGGGUCUGUCAAAUACUAUCCCACAGAAUGCAAAAACAAGAAAAGAUCAUCCAGACUCUGAGAGUAGAAAACCAAACUCCUUUAGGAAGAUUCCUUUCUGUGGUUCAGCUGCAGACACACAGAGCAGUCAGGAUGUGGCCCCAGCACUGGCUCUGAAGCACAGACCACAGCCAGUGCCCCCUGGACAAGCAGGGACAGGUCCUUGCUGCACAGGAACCUUCUGUCAAAUCCUCACGUGCCAGAGGCAGAGCAUCCUGAGCUGCAUGACAGAGGGGAGGCUCAACCACGUGCUGGACGUGCUCCGCUCGCAGCAGAUGCUGUCCCGGCCGGACUAUGAGACCAUCACCUCCCAGCCCACCCUGACCCGCCGGGCCCGGGCCCUGCUGGACACCUGCCUGUGCCUGGGGGACAGGGCAGCACAGGGGGUGCUCACUGCACUGGCACUGACCAAAUGUGGUCCUCUGGGACGAGCCAGCCACUGCCCAGCCUGCCCUCUGAGGUGA